AAAUUAAUUAUUUCUAAACAUAAAAGAUAUCAUCCUCUAGUUUCCAAGCAAAAAAAAUCCCUGUUUAGACUUUUCAAAACCAAAAAACAAAAAAUAAUUGCAGCACAUUCCUGACUUUUCAUUCGACCUUCCAUUGUUCCUCCCUCCAUCAGAACACCAAGUUCAUCAAAGCAAAGGAAGCGAUGGUCGGUUUUGAAAGAGAGACUGAAAUGCUAAUAGAGCAACUUGUGACAGGACCUCGGGAAUUAGAUGUGAUCUCAAUAUUUGGAAUGCCGGGACUAGGGAAAACAACUUUGGCUCAGAAAUUGUAUGAUCAUGAAGCAAUUUCCAAUCGCUUCGACAUUCACUUAUGGUGUUGCUCUUCCCAAUCUUAUGAUAAUAGAGCUCUUUUGCUUGAAUUAUUGGGUCAUAUUUCCAAGCUUGAUGAUAGUACCAAAAAUAAGAGUAAUGAUGAACUAGCUGAGAAGCUCUACAGAAGUUUGAAGGGAAAGAGGUACCUUAUUGUUGUGGAUGACGUGUGGAGCUCUGAGGCAUGGGAUGAUAUAAAGAGACCUUUUCCAGAUGAUGAUAAAGGAAGUAGGAUUAUUUUGACUACGAGACUUGAAUCGAUCGCCACAUAUGCCAUGAUCUCUUUCAGUCCUCAUCACCUUCGUUUGUUCACUAAGGGAGAAAGCUGGAUGCUACUGAAGGAGAACGUAUUCAGAGAAGGCGAUUGUCCUCAAGAACUCAAGGAGAUAGGUAAGCAAAUAGCGAGAAAGUGUGGAGGAUUACCCCUUACAAUUAUAUUGAUAGCUAGUCUUCUUGCUAAACAUGAUAAGGAAAUAAUUUACUGGCAAGAAGUAGGUGAAAGUUUGAAAUCCAAUAUGCAAGGUUGCAUGGAUAUCAUUGAAUCAAGUUACCAGCACUUGCCCAUUCAUUUGAAAAAAUGCUUUCUCUACUUUGCUUCAUUUUUAGAAGACCAGAAAGUUCCUGUUAAAAAACUGAUACGACUGUGGAUAGCGGAAAAUUUUGUUGAAGCCAGUACUGGAUCGAAGAGCUUAGAGAUGAUUGCAAUGGACUACUUGAUGGAUUUAAUAAGGAGCAACCUAGUGAUGGUAGCUAAAAGAAAUUCCUUAGGGGAUCUCAAAGCCGUCAAUGUUCAUGAUUUAAUAUACGAAUUCAGCUUAAAGAAAGCUAAAUGUGGCGACUCUUUGCUGAGGAUACAUGAUCAGCUUGUGGCUAUUUAUCCAUCUUCCAAUGGUAGUUCUGGACAUCUGAAUAUAGUAGAACCAGCUUGUGAAGAUAGUAUCACCACCUUACGAUUCAUUCCCAGUGAAUAUUCUCCUUCGGUCGAUUUAGAUUUGACUAGAUCAUGGAAACACCUGAGAGUAUUAGAUUUUAGUUCCGUAAAGCUGGAUAAGACACUUAUAGAGGCAUUACAAUAUUUGAUUCAUUUGAAGUAUUUGGAGCUGCGGUAUUUUAGUAACAUUCCAGAUCCAAUAUUCAACCUAAAGGAGCUAGAGACAUUUAUAGUGACCGGAACCUAUCGUAAACACCACAUUCCGAAUUCCAUUUGGGACAUGUCAAGCUUGAGACAUCUGCAUAUAAGUCGUCUACAUACGUAUCAACUAUUACAGGAUCUUGACAACUUGAAAACAUGCUCCAAUCUGGUUAUUAAUGCUGGGGAGUAUUACCAGAAAUUCAUGAAAAGAUUACCCAAUCUUGAAAAGCUCAGUUGUCGGUUACGGGGAAAAUCUUCUAUAAAAUUCUUUCCUGCUUUUGGCUCUCUCAAUCAACUCAAAUCUCUCAAGAUUGGUGUCUCUGAGUCUGCGCCAGUCGUAGAUCCCUAUGGUUUUGAGGACUUUACAUACCCAUCAAACCUCAAGGAAUUAACUUUGUCAUCUCUUGAGCUCCCUUGGAGUAAAAUUUCAACCAUUGGCAGAUUGUCCAACCUUGAAGUUCUGAAAUUAAAGCGAAAUUCUUUCAACGGGAGACAAUGGAACAUUGAGGACGGGGACUUUCCUAACCUUAAAGUCUUGAAACUGAAGAAUCUAGGAUUCUCAGAAUGGACCGCAUCUGAUGACUCGUAUCCCAAACUAGAACAAGUAGUGAUGCAAAGUUGUUUGAAUCUAAAGGAAAUUCCUGAAAGUUUCGGGAGCAAGUGUACAAUGCAACUGAUUGAGGUAAGAUCAUGUCCCUCUAUUGAAAGUUCUGCCCUGAAAAUUAAGGAAAUGCAAAUUGAUGAGAUGGGAAAUUCGGAAUUCAAGGUCAAUAUUCGGAAGUGAAAAUCACAAAUCUUCAUCGAAAGGGUUGUUUAGUUAGGUUUCUUUGUCUUGUAUGGUAUGCAAGGCCCUCCUUUGUUAUGUUGCCUGAUGAACUCUUCUUGUAUCCUCUUUGUUAUUUUUAUUCAUUUAUCUUUUGCUUACCCAGGUGCUUUUUCUAUUAUCACUUGGUGGAUUGAAAUACAUAAAAUAUGUUUGUGCUUGUUUGUACGAUUCUUGUAUUAAUUAUUCAAUUGUCAACCGAUUGAAAUUA